AUGCCGAGCCACGGUGCACAGGCCAUGCACCCGAUGCCAGCGGUGGCGCCGAGGGUGGCCAGGCGCUUGCGCCCGCGGGCCAGGCGCGCGGACGAGCGCUCAGCCUGCGCCGCGACCGACGCGUCGGACUCCUCGGGUGAUUCCGUGGACACGCCCAUGGGCCUGGUGGACGCCUUCUCUCGUGGCUCGAAGAACCACCACAAGGGCCAGUGCACGCCGUGCCGCAGUAACGGGAGCGGCGCUCCAUGCCCGCGCGGUGCGAUGUGCGACUGUUGCCACUACUACCACGGGCCGGAAAAGUUCCUCGCCAUGAAGCAAUUCGCCGCAAAGCCGAGGCAGCAGCAUAGCACCCGCGCGGAUCUGGACAACGGGUGGCCGACCACACCCGUUGUCUGUGCAGCGCCGCGGCCGACGCAGCAGUACGAGAAGGUGUGCGCCACCGGCGGGCCAGUGACGUUCCUCCCAGGUGUGAGUGCCCAAUCAGCCACCUGA